AUGGUCUUGAUUUAUCGCUUCGUUCUUAUUUCUUUGGCAUCCUGUUUGACAUUAGAUCGCAUAGCAAACGCAAUCGGUGCGGUGGCAUCUACUAACGAAGCAGAUGAUGCUACAGAGCGAGGUAAUCCCGCUGCUAACAAAGGGUCAAUUCACGAUGAUAAAAAGGCAGCCCAUUCUAUUUCACUGUCUGAAGGACGUAAGACGCCAAUGCGCAAGUUGAUUAGCACGAAGAAGCAAUAUUAUAAGCGAAAAGCUGAGAGAAAGCUGAUUCUAGCAAAACCUGACGAUUCAAAAGAGCUUUCGGUUCAACGCCAGAAACAAGCACUUCUUGCAAAGAUUGAGCACGAGAGAAGCCUAAAAAGUAUUGCAAAUAAGAAGCGAUAUCGUCUCAUGGAAUUUGCUAUACGAACGGACAGUGCUACGCUUAAAGAACAACAAAUGUGGGAAUCAAAGCUUAGAACAAAAGCUUACAGAAGUUCUUCGCCCACUCAUGAGAAGAAAUAUCAACGUUUCUUACAGAAUAAAAAAGAAAAAGAUAAAUUGAAAAGAAAAGCCAAGAAAAACAAAGAAGAUAUUCCUUCUUCUUUGCAGAAAAGAGGAGAGCCAAGAUCGUUUGAUCUAAAUAUUGAUGCAGAAGAGCCGACUGGAGAGCAAGUGGAAUCACAUGUGAAUACUCAUCCCGUACAAGAAAAACCUUCUAUUGUAGAUCGGUCGAGAGGCAAAACGUAUAUACCUGUCAAUAUGCUUACAAAAGAACAAAGAGAUGCGAUCAAUGCAAGGAAAAGGAUGCAAUACCAACAACGUAAGCAGAAAUGGAAAGAAGCCCUUACAGACGAAUCAAAGAUGACUCCCAAAUUAAAGAAGCAGAUGGAAAACUUCAAGGCGAAAGGCAAAGCUGCCUCACAUAGGUAUGUGAAGAAGCUUAAAGCUUUAUCUGCAACAGGUGAGAUCACCCAAAAACAAGCGAUGACUUUGGGAAUGUAUCAUCGAAAUAAGACAUGGCGAGAAGCAUCGCCUACGAAUAUGAAAUUAUAUAAAGAGAAGUGUAAAAAGGAUUAUGCACGUGCUCUCGAGAAGAAGAAACAAAGCAGCAAGCGACCUGUCAAUCAAAAAGAACCAACAACGUAA